GCAUAUUCACACUUCCUGCUCAGUGCCUUUCGCAAUCAUACGUACUCCACAAGCAGUCGCAGGUUCGCCAGCAGUCGAUUUUUGACGGUGCAACCUCUGCUCGUGGACACGACGUCGAUUCACUCCUUGUUGAGCCUUGCGGCGCGCAUUGGCACGUGUCGCAAAGUACAGCUUCGAACCCUCGAGCAACCACAUUCUUUCUCCUCGACACCGCUUCCACAUCGCCCGCCCUCUUAUCCACCACUCCCACACGAUCAUGGCCUCGUCAGGCUCUGGACUGACCCGACGCCGGGGUGCAGGCGGCGGAGGAGGAGCUGGCGACAAUAUCGGUGACGACCCCAGCCGCGUGUCCUCGCCUGCACCGAAACCCAACAACAACAACAACCAGUCCGGGCCCGAGACAUCAUACGAGUCCAGCGAAAACGGCCACAAAAUCGCCUUCGACCCUCGCGACAUCUCCGAGAAUGAAGAGCGCUCCAAGCAGCCCAAACUCACGCUUAUGGAGGAAUGCUUGCUCAUGGGUCUCAAGGACAAGCAGGGUUACUUGAGCUUCUGGAACGACAACAUCAGCUAUGCGCUGCGUGGGUGCAUUGUUAUUGAGUUGGCGUUUCGAGGGAGGAUCAGCAUGCAGAAAGACGCGAGUAGGCGGCGAUUCCCCCUGGCGGACAGGCUGAUUGAGGUGAUUGACGACACAUUGACGGGAGAAGUGCUACUGGACGAAGCGUUGAAGAUGAUGAAGAGCUCGGAGAAAAUGAGUGUCAGUUCGUGGAUUGAUCUCAUGAGCGGCGAGACGUGGAAUCUCAUGAAGAUCGGAUACCAACUGAAGCAAGUACGCGAGCGAUUGGCCAAGGGACUGGUCGACAAGGGAAUUCUGCGAACAGAAAAGCGCAACUUCUUGCUUUUUGACAUGGCUACACACCCAGUCGCGGAUGGCGGUGCGAAAGACGAGAUCAAAAGACGAGUGCGAGCUGUCCUGACAAACAGGACCGUUGUUCUGCCGGCCUCUCCUUUCCUGCCCGAAGGCAUGGAGUUCCGGUAUCUCAGGACAAUCGCAAUGCUCUGCGCUGCGUAUGCCGCGAAUGUGCUCGAGAACGCUCUGGUGACGCUCGAUCAUGAAGCACGUGAGCGGGCUUUCGCGCAAGUGGACGAACUGCUGGCUGAGUACUCGCAAUGGCCAUUUGGUCGACGAACAGGAGGAGCGGGCGCGGUCGGUGCGAACUUGGAUCAGGUCAUCAGAGAUGAAGUCAACGGCGCUAAGGACAAGGAGCUCCAGAUUGAGGUCGUUGCGGCUUGCUUGAGCGUCUUCACUCGCCUAGACUCCCUGCUCUAGAUCGAAGUCUGAUUUAAGUU